AAUUUCAGAGAAAGUGGCCUAUUCUUCUGUAUAUAUAUAAAAGUAUAAACCCUCUCGUUCUCACUUUACAUUAAGGGUGUGUAUCUUUCCUCUCCCUUCAUAUCUCUCAAACAGAAGAAAAUAGAAAUUAGAAGCAGAACCUUUCCUAAUACUUCCUAUCAUACAAGUAGACCACCUUCUUGCAGGUAAUUGUUAGUAUGUGUUUAGACUUACAAACCAGAGGAAGAAGAAGAAGCUAAUGGAAGAUACUAGAAUCAACAAAGAUCUGCCUCAAUUCACCGUGUUUUUAUCAGGUUUUUACUGUUGGGACUGGGUAAUUAUCACCGCUCUUUUGAUCUUUAGUUAGUCCUCCACCACCUACCUAGCUUAGCUUCAUUUCUUUAAGGUAGGAGCCGUAGUUUCAUUUCUCUCGAAUAAUAAUUUUAGUAGCAAUCAAGAAUUUAAGAUCAUGUCGCUAAGAUCGGUGCCGGCGCCGUUUCUGACCAAGACGUACCAGCUGGUGGAGGAUCGGGUCACCGACGACGUUGUGUCGUGGAACGAAAGCGGAACCACGUUCAUCGUGUGGAAGAUUGAUGAUUUCUCCAAGGAUUUGCUGCCGGCUUACUUUAAGCACAAUAAUUUCUCGAGCUUUGUUCGGCAGCUCAAUACUUACGGCUUCCGCAAGAUAGUGCCUGACAAAUGGGAAUUUUCCAAUGAUAACUUCAAAAGAGGACACAGAGAUCUUCUGAGAGACAUCCGCCGCCGUAAGAGUAUGGCUUCCACUUCUGCAACUCAAGGUGACGGAAAAGCGGACAAUGCUGCGGCCGUAUCCAGGCCCAAGUCCCCGUCGAAUUCUGGUGAGUAUUUGGGCUCUGGGUCUAUUUCGACUUCCUCAUCACAAGACUCCAAGAAUGCGGAAACAUCAAAUGUGGCUAAGUAUGGGGUGAUAUCUCAAGAGAAUGAGAAGCUGAAGAAGGAAAAUGAGAAGCUGAACUCCGAGUUGGCUCAGACCAAGGAAGAAUUAGACAAACUCAUUGCGGCUCUGAGCCAGUUUUCGAAGGUGGAGCCUAAUCAAUUGGUAGUUGAGAAGGAAAAGGGUGAUAAAAAUGAGUGGGAAAAUGAUGAUGACGAAAAUGGGGAGUGUGUGAAACUUUUUGGGGUGUGGAUGAAAGAAAAGAAGAAAAAGAGGGGUGUAGAAGAAAUAGUGGAUUUUGGUGGGUCCAUGAAAAAGUCGCGUGGUGGGGCAUGGAUGAAUAUGGUGGGUCCCUACACCGAGAAUUGCAGUAAGGUAUGCAACUGACCAACGAAAGAUAACCAAGUAUGGUCGGUCAGCAUGAGUGGGUGAAGAAAAAACACAGACCAAACCAAAGGUUGUGGGUUGGUGAAAUGUGGUAGUAGCUUGUAGUAGUUGUAAGAAAUAAACAAAGGGAGAUGAAUUAGUCAUGCCCUUAUUGUUAAUCAGUUUGAUUUGCAUUUGUAAGUAGUUGUGGUAAUUAUGUCGUAAGUUCUAGACUUACAAGGAGGUGAUGCCAAAAGGUCUCCCCUCCAUGUUGUUUGAACAAGUUAAUGUGGAAAUUCAGUCCUAGUUUGAAUUUGAAUGUAUGAACUUAUCCA